UAAAACUUUAAUUCAGUGUGGUAAUCCUUUGAAACAUUCUUCCAGUAUUCAUCUCCAUUCUUGUUUCACAUUCUGAGUCUCUAGUCUGCUACUGUUCCUUCAAAAUGUCUUUCAUAUUUGAAAUGUUAAAGUGUCUGCAGCAAUUACUUAGGGGCUUCAUUUCUGACCCAACACAUUAAGUGGUCAUGAAGGUAAGGUAGUUUGGUUUAUUUUUUGCCCAGUAUCACAUCCUUGAAUAGGUUCAGAUUAAACAAAGCGUUACAUUCUGCCUUCAUCAUCAGGUCUGGAGACGUUAAGGAAGAGAAAACUGCCUCCAUUUUGAGGUCUGAAAAUGGAGGAAGUAUGUUCUUCCGAAACGUUUAUAUCCAGCCACAAAAAAAGAGUAAAACUGCUCCACUGUGUGAAGGCGCUUGUGGGGGGUGGUUAGCAUCACGUCCCCGCUACGCUUUACCCUCGGGGAAGGACCACGGUACCCAAUGGAUAAGACGCUAGAGGAAAAAUCCUCUGCCCGCGUCGGGGAUCGGACCUCGGUCGUCCAUUCCAUAGCUUAGUCAUUAUACUGACUGAGCUAACCCGCGACCCACAAGUCCGUACAAAAUAAGAACAUCGACAUCUUUUCCGCAAUGAGAAUUUCAAAUCUUACGAAAUAAAUUUUGUUUUAAGACAAUGAUGAUUGGCGAUCCUGAGCAUCGUAGUGCAAGGCGCGAAAACUUCAUGUGGUGUUGUACAACACAAUAUAUGUGGAAAGGCUUGUGAUAUUGCAAGUGGUCGUUUGUUUUAUCGUGUUAUGUCUGAGAAGAGUCAAUAAUAUCUGUUGUAAUGAAAUUCACAAGAAAUCUCCCGAAAUGGGUAGGCGAAGCGAUCUCAUUUGUCCAUGAUUCGUACAGGGAGAAAACAUUCUACAGUGCAUUCACAUAUGGGUCAAUUCAAGGCAAGGUGGGUGGGUUUGUUUUGGUGUCAAAUGCAGAUUCUGUUCAUCCAGACACACCGGAGGGGUGUGAUGUAGCUGAGAUCAUUCAACUGUAUGAAACAGCAGACAAUGAAGACCCAUAUCGAGCCAUAGUCAGAUGGUACUCUCGACCACAAGAUGUGCCUAAAAGAAGUAUAAAAUCUCUGAAGUUGGACAGUAAGGUGGAAAUUAUACUAGAUGAGAGGCCAUUUGAUAAUGAUGUCAGCAUCGAAACAUUUUUCAGCAACUGUGUGGUAGUACGAGCUAAGGUGGAUGAUGAUCCAGUUAUUGAAGUUAAGAAGGUUGAGGGACAUGUACGUGUUCCAGUGUUUGUUUGUCGCUACAAGCUUGUGGGUUCGAGCCGGUCGGCGAAGAUAUGGCCAUACCUGGAUUCUGAUGGAAUUGAAGUGAACGGAUCUAAUUUCACAGAAGAUAAUGUCAUGGAAGCAGAUAGAGAAAAACAAAGAAAGAAAUGUAAUGGAAACAUUCAGAAGUCUGAAUUAAAUCCGUCACCUGCGAAGAGAAUUAACAUCUAUAGGAGUCUUAAAAAAGAUGCUGUCGAUCUAGAAAUGGAAACUGGACAAAUGAAACAUGUUAAAACAAAAGCAAGUGAAGCUAUGCUUGGACAUUUAUGUUAUGUUCGUGUCAAAAAGUUAAAUUUGGAUGUAGACGGACCGGAAUUUAUUGAAGAUAGAGUUCGACCAAGUUCACCUGACAUACCAUUGGCAGAGCCAAGCUUGAUGUGGUGUGGAAUUAAGGAUGAAAGAAAUAAACUUUCAGUAGUGAAGAUACCCAUCGGAUCGUGGGAUUCAGACGAGAAGCCUUUGAAAAGCAUCGGACGUGAAAGGACACGGCCAUCUGUCAAGAGCGUAAGCUUGAAAGAAAUUGGAGAUCUGACGUCAGGCAGUGAUGACGAGGUAGAGAGCAUCGCAGGAUUGAGAUGUAAAAAGAAAUGGAUGAAUGAUGCAAAACCAGGGAAAACAGAAAAAUUCAGAAUGUCAAAAGACAAGGAGAUUUUACAAACGAAGAAUUUUACUCAUAAAACGAAAUUAAAGGACAAAGACAUUUUUGAAUUGUUGGAUGAUCAGGAUUUUAAUGAUGAAGUUUUUAUGCCUGACGAAGUAACUGAUAAAUCUAAAUGUGACCAGAAUUCUCAGCUGAAAAGCUCUCGUCGUAGAAUUGCCGAGGAAUCUGAAAGUGCUGUUUUACGUGUCAAAAAGACAUCUGAAGCUAGUACUACAGAUGUUGAAACCAAACAGGUCCAGCGAAGUUCAGGAUCUUCUAGUUUCAUUUUUUCUGGUAGACUGUUAAGGGAAGGUAACAUCCAUAAAUGUGAAAGUAAAGCAGAUAUUAAUUCCAUAAAACCCACUUCUGAGAUAUCAGAUUUUGAGAAAGAUAAUUCUGAUGUAUCAUCUGUAUUAGCAUCUCCUUCUAAGACUGCAAGAAACAACAAACAAGACAAAAGAAACAAGACACAACAUCCAGAGCAGCGUCAACGAAACGAUGAAGGCCGUGCACAAUUGAAGUGUUUGAAGGCAUCACCUCAUAAAAACUCUGUGAGGUCUCGUACAUCGGCUUCAGUUUCUACGCCAGGUCGCACGUUGGUUGUGAAUGAGGGGCACUCUGGCAACAAAGCAGACAAAUUGUCAGAAUCACAGUCAUGUACAAAUAGACCAAAAAAUCAUCAUACUUCUGCCAAGAAGAAGCUUUCUUAUGAAGACGAUGGGACAGAAAGGAAGUUACUGAGUUUAGAGAGCUGUAACAGGAAUGAUGUUACUGAUGCAAGUAUUUCAUUGAAAGAUAAAAGGACCAAAGGAUCAGAGGGGGUUAAGAACAGGACAGAACUUUCGUCUCCUGAAACAGAUUGUGCAAGUAAUGUUGUUAAUAAUCUGAAAACUAUUCAUAAGUCACAUGUGAUUGAUUACUAUUUGGAAUCCAUGAAGAAUUCUGAGGCUUUGAAUAGGCAUCAGAAUCUUCAACACAAAAAUGAGGAUUAUUGGGUUUCUGUCCCAGAAGAUAACAGUGAUGGUGAAGCUGCAAGUUGUAGGUCAUCGUUACGACUCAAACUGUGCAGAACCAACGGUCAUAAUGAUUGUGAUAUUACUCAGGAGAUUGAGGUUACCACUCCCAGGAGACGCAAAAGGCACGUUAUCAGUGACAGUGACAUUGACAAUGACAGUGACUAUGAACCUGGCAGUACAUCAAGAUCCAAGCGAUACAGAGCUCAUGAGCCUCACACACCAAAGUCUCUGAAGACUGAUCAUAAAGUAUCGUCUUGUGUACGAUCCUCUUCUCGAAGACAUAAACCAAAUAAGUGGUAUGAGUCAGAUUGGGAUACAUGUGCCACAAGUCCUAAGAGUUCAUUGAGAAGUCAAGUUAUGGACAGGACUAAAGUCACUCCUAAGAAUUUGUUGGGAGAGCAAUUUGCUGAUGGGACUCCUGUCGCUCCUAAGAGUUCAUUGAGAAGUCAAGUUAUGGACAGGACUAAAGUCACUCCUAAGAAUUUGUUGAGAGAGCAAGUUGCUGAUGGGACUCCUGUCACUCCUAAGAGUUCAUUGAGAANUCAAGUUAUGGACAGGACUAAAGUCACUCCUAAGAGUUCAUUGAGGAAGCAAGAUACUUAUGUGACUCCGGUCACUCCUAAUACUCCAAAGUCAGGAGUUACACCACAGGCAUUUACCACUCCAGUUUCUAAGAGGGGAUCUGCACGACGUGCACUGCUGACUCCGUCUGUUCCUACUCGUGCCAGUUCCGUUUCAACACCCUGUAGUGUGUUGGGGGAGGCACGUUCUAGGCUACAUGUUGCUGCAAUACCCAUGUCCCUUCCUUGCCGCGAAAAGGAGUUUGAAAACAUCUAUCGUUUCAUCGAAGGCAAGAUUUUGGAUGGGGCUGGUGGGUGUAUGUAUAUAAGCGGUGUGCCUGGGACUGGGAAGACUGCUACAGUACAGGAGGUUGUUCGCAGUUUGCAGGAGGCAGUGUCACGAAGGGACAUUCCAGAUUUUAAGUUUAUAGAGCUGAAUGGUAUGUGGCUUACGGAACCGAGGCAGGCGUACGUGCAGUUACUGAAUGCGCUCACUGGUCAGACUGUGACAGCAGAACAAGCGCAGCAGCUACUGGAGCGCAGAUUUUCUCGUACCGCGCACAGACGCAUAACUACGUUACUUUUGGUAGAUGAGUUGGAUCUGCUGUGGACCAGACGGCAAGAUGUCGUGUACAACUUGUUAGACUGGCCUACAAAAGCUGCAUCACGUCUUGUUGUGCUUACCAUUGCCAACACGAUGGACUUACCGGAGAGGCUGCUGAUGGGGCGAGUGACCAGUAGACUGGGUCUGACGAGAGUUACGUUUCACCCGUAUACUCAUAAGCAGUUACAGGAGAUCGUUAUGGCGCGGCUUAGAGGUCUGCAGGCAUUUGACCCAGAUGCCAUUCAGCUAGUGGCUAGAAAGGUGGCAGCUGUGUCAGGAGACGCAAGGCGAGCCUUAGACAUCUGCCGACGAGCGACUGAGUUUGCCGAAGGGGACGCCGAGGGCAGUGAUGGAACAGUAGCAAUGCAGCAUGUGGACCAAGCAUUGGCUGAAAUGAUUGCUUCCACAAAAGUUCAAGUCAUCAGGUACUGUAGCAAAAUGGAACAGCUAUUCUUGCAAGCAGUCGCAUCUGAGAUUCAGCGCACGGGUGUCGAGGAGACUGUAUUCGACAAAGUUUAUAUCCAGUUAAGGACUCUGUGCGUAUUUGAUGGCUACGCGGUGCCGUCGGUUACGGAAUCCCUUGGAAUCUGUGCACGACUUGGAAGCUGUCGUCUGCUCCUGACUGAACAUUCCAGGGCAGAUAUGCAUCAACGAGUUCUGCUGAAUGUCAGUUCUGAUGACCUUUACUAUGCCCUGAAAGUAUUGUGAUAUCUCAACGCAGAUAAUUUCUUUGUCACGUACGUGCCACGUGAUUAGAUGAUCGUCAUGUAACAUUUGGCGUACUGGUGGAAUAUUUUGUUAUGUAUUUGGUAAGUUGUAGUCUUGAAUAGGAACUCGUCUAAUUUAUUUUGUACGUUGUAACCUGAUGUUCUAACGCGUACUUGUUCUUCCCUGAAGAUGGAGUGGGGGAGGGGGCAGACGGAGUUAGGGAGUGCGUGGGAGACGUAAGAGGAUAAGAAAGGCUGGAGACAGGGAAAGGAGUGGUAAGGAGAUUUAUAGAGAGAGGUUUGUCGACGUUGAAAGGAGUUUGAUAUGUAGUCGCCAGUUGUGUGAGCUGCAUUCCAUAGUUCCCAGGCUGCACCAGAUUUGGUACGAUCAGGCAAAGAUUCAGAGUGGCCCGGUAGUGCAGUAACUGUCUCGAAAACACUGACCGUUGUGGACGAACCAUUAUUAUUAUUUAUCGAUGCUUAUUGCGAAUAUCUCUGAUGUAACUUCCUUGAUGUGCUUCACUCUCCAUAAUUACUGUUAGUCUUGAAGCUAAAUCUUGGUAGAAGAUGGAGACACUACUUGUGUUCACAAAACUUUUUGUCAGAGGACAUACAGUUAUUGCAUGUGCGAAAGACACUUAAAUGUUUUAACAAAAUACAUUUUUACUAGCAAAACGUUUUAUGAAAGAAAGAAAAUAUUGUGAAUUUUUUAUGCUAUAAACGUGUAUUUCCGAGCACUGUUA